AUGUCCAACUGGAUCCUCCUUGCAAGGACGCAGGCACUCCUCGCAACUGCUGUGUUGGUCACCAAAUCAUCAAUCGAAUUUUCUAUUCAAAAACUGUGCGUGCCUGUGGCAUUGCCAGUCGUCCCCCAACUCUGGGUCAGUCCGUCGUCCCUUGCGCUUCUCCAUCCCGAUACCUCGGCGACACAUUUUGAGUUGACAUGGGGAUGCUACAG